GGCAGAAGAGGAGGAAAAUCGUCGGUGCGUGUUAGAACCGGACACGGGCCUCCUAUUUCAUGCCAGUAGCACCCCUUCAUCAGAAGGGGUGGUAGACGUUGAUCUCUUUUUAGAGUUUAUUGUACUAGUGCGCGUUCGAACGAUCUUCGUUUUUAACAGCCGCGCAAAUAACGCGGAUUAUUUUUCUUUCGCCGAACGGAUUCUUCAUCCUUUUUAAAUAUCAUGUAGGAGUUACCGCUUCCUUCAUCUCACCAAGAGAAGAUCUUGCUUGAGGAAGCGAAGUUUAUUGGAAGGAGAAGAACAUGUUUUCGAUUCCGCAAUCGUAAUUUCCGGAACAUUUCGCAAUUGUGCUUGGACGAUCAAGUUUUAGCUUACUAGGUUAGAAAACUUUAGAGUCGUAAGAAGAAGUAACAACGACGAUAUAGGCAAGGUAUUCAAUGUGUACAACAUUAUCAGUCAGGGACUUGUAAGAUGAAACCGUCCAUGAAAAUGGGAAUGAUAGCCUUAGUAGGUGUUUGCGUGGUAUUUUAUCAAUACCAUUUAUCCACCGGGGUUAGAUUCGAUCAGGCAAUUGAUUUUAGCGCCGGUGGAUCUAUCGAUGACGAGGUUGAAACACGUCAUAUUAGAUUGCCAAGGUUUACCUCGGAAAUGAUAAUGAAUGCGGUACGUCGAGUACAAGACUUGAACGGUCUCAGUCCGGAAGUUGGUACGCUGUUAUUCAAAGAAAUUUGGUUACAAUUGAACAACAAAAAUGUUCUUGAAACAACGGAAAACGAGUCGCGAAUUUUACAACCCUGUCCAAAAGUUGUCACCUCGAACGUCGCAUGUACGUCGUCGCCGCCUUCCACUUUAUCAUCAUCGUCGUCCAUGAAGAAUGAAAUAUCAUCAUUAGAUCCUCUCUACAUCAUCACCCCAACUUAUCGUAGACCAGAACAAAUUCCAGAGCUCACUAGGAUGUCUCACACGCUUAUGCUAGUCAAAAAUGUUCACUGGCUCGUAAUAGAAGAUGCAUACGUUGCCACGAAACAAGUUACCAGAUUACUCGAACGUACUAAAUUAAAAUUCGAUCAUUUGACGGCACCGAUGCCAGAGAAAUAUAAAUUUAAAAAUGGUGCAAAACCACGCGGUGUUUCCAACAGAAAUCGCGGCUUGCAAUGGAUAAGAGCGAACGCAACGAAAGGGGUACUUUAUUUCGCUGAUGACGAUAACACCUACGACAUAGCUUUGUUCGACGAGAUCCGCAAAACAAAAACGGUGUCAAUGUUUCCGGUUGGUCUUUGCACCAAAUUUGGUUUAAGCUCGCCGAUCAUAAAGAACGGAACGUUUGCUGGUUUUUACGAUGGAUGGGUCGCAGGUCGUAAAUUUCCCGUCGACAUGGCAGGUUUUGCUGUGAACGUUAAAUUUUUACUUCAAAGGCCAAACGCGACGAUGCCGUUUAGAGCUGGUUACGAGGAAGAUGGUUUCUUGAAAAGUCUUGCACCAUUGGAACCACGAGACGUCCAAUUAUUAGCAGACAAUUGUACGAAAAUACUUGCGUGGCAUACGCAAACAAAAAAAAAUGAACCGAGUGCACCAUUGAAUAUGAAACUUUAUGGCUCGACAAAUCUCGUCAAAUUGAAGGAACAAAUAGUAUGAUGUCUGGUAAAAUUUAACAUCAUUUACCGAAGAUAAGAAAGAGUCCCAAGUACUCGUCCGUUUUAUUUCUCGGACCUGUUUCUACGAUGGAUAGGUGCAAGAAAAAAAAGCUAUGUGAUUUAGUGCCUAAAGUAUUUCUCCUAUUUGUAAUCUAAACAAAAAGAAAAGGAAGAAGUUGAAGAGGAAAAAAUAAAGAAGAAUAAUGGGAUGUUCUUAAGCUGAACCAUCAAAAUGACGGCGAAGCCUUUGAUUAAACUUUGAAUUUAAAGGCAAACGUUUACCUCAUAGCCGUGGGAUCGAAAAUAAAUCUCCUACAUUGCAGUAGUAUUGUUUACUGUAGCAUAGUGUCGAUAUAGUGCAUUUUUAAUUAUGAAAUAUAAAUAUAUAAAUAUAUAAAUACAUGAACACUCUCCUGUGCGAACAGUACAGACCAAUGACCAAUCGGGGGGAGUUUAAUCGAUUCUAGUGAGCAUAGUGAUAGUGACAGAUUUUUUGUGAGAAUGAAGGGUGAGGGGAGCAAUGUAAAAAGAAAACAAAAAAAGAAACAAGAAAAAGCGAGUAACUAUCUCUGGACCAGUAAAAACAUAGCGCGAGUUUGAGAGCUCGGUACACGAAUUGAAUCCGCCUAAGCCACCAAAUAUGCACUUCAUUGUAUUCAAAUAAAAUAUUAUUAAUAACCAGAGAUUUUUUUGUCUAUCGUAUUUGGGACAGUCUAUGCAGUCAUAUUUGAAAUAAUAAUAAUUUCAACUUACGAUUUUUUAUUGGAGAUUGGACAUCGUUGCAUGCUAAAGCUUUAUACCAUAAAAAAUAUUGCCAAUGUAGUAUGUCAUUAAGUCGAAAGAACUGUUUCUGAAAAAAUGAUCUACCAUUCAAUCAAUAUCUUGAAAAAAAACCUUUUACUGUAGAAAAAAUAUCAAAUAUGAGUUUAUUAGAACUUAUUAUUAUAAAAGAGAUCUAAUUGUAAUUAUUUAGAUUAAUUUUUGUUUGAAGAUAUUUUGACAUUUAGAUUAAUAAAAAUAAUGAAAAUGUGUCUUUUAAGAUCUUAAGUGAUUUAGAUCACUUUUAUAAUUACUAGUUCCUUUAUUAAUAAUUUUUGUUAAAUAUACAUACAUUUCCACGAAUCAUCACUCUUCGUUGAUAUGUGGUCCUCUUCUUAUCAUGAUUGUCCUUUAAUUUUAACGUGACAGAUCAUUUCCAUUUAAGAAAAGAAAUGUAUUGUGGUCAAGUAAAUUCUAUGAAUUCAAUAAUGUGGUCUUGAUAUUGCACUAUUGUAAAUUGACUUAUUUGUACAUAGAGAGCAUGCCGUGCUUCCUAGGCAGAAAGUUAUAAAUAUCGCAUAUAAAAUACCGAAGGAAAAAAGGUCAAGAUUUUUUUUAUUUUUAUUUUCGGUUCGAUAGCCAGUGUUGAUUUGAUUAAUUAAAUUACUAGGUAGCUUGUGUUAAAGUGUAUAAAUUUUUAAGCGUCGUACACAUCGAUUUUAUUUUUUUUCGCACAAUUAAUUUGUCGAUAAUUACUGUUUUAUUUUUAAUUUAGCAUAAUAUUAAUAAUUAUUUUGAUAAAGAAAUAAACUAGAAAAAAAGAGAGAGAGAGAGUUGUAUCAAAAAAGUUUUGCAUAUCGUAUUAUGGCUGUCAACGUUUUGAAUAAUUUUAAAAUUGUAAAAGCGUUAGUUAUAUUCUGCACCGAUUUGUGUAAAGUCGAAGAAUGUAGCCUUUCCGAUAACAAAAAACGAAAAAAAAAGAAAAAAUAUAAAAAAAAGAAGAUAUCUCUUUCCUAUUAAAAAGAAUACAAUCACGAAUUAGUAAUCGAAU